UUCGCUGGAGCGACUUCUGGCCCACUCUGCCGAGUGCGAUCGGCGAACGCUGGCGGUGCACAAAGCACAGACAAAGCGUCCGAGGCCAUGUCCUCUGCUUUGGGGCCAUGCCUCCAGGCGCCAACUCAAGCUUGGACUGCCAUUGGCUCCAAAUACUCUCAACAUCGGCACCGAAGACAUCCUCUCAACUCUGCCCGGACGGCACACCCGGUCCUGUCGGCGCCGCCGCGGGAAGCGAAGGGUGUGCUGUCUGCCCCGCCAUCGUGCGCACGGGGCCGCGCCGAGAUUCGCGACGCUGGCUUCUUGAGGUGAUCUGCGCCGCGCCGUGCACUCCCCAGACCGGGAUGGCCGCGCCCAGCGGCUGGAGCAGCCCGCGCGCGACGCAGGCCGCACCUCCCAGCCAGGAGGCGAAGCCCGGGCCCCACAAUGACCUGUCCUCGAGGGCGCGAGCCGGUCGAGCAGCCUCCAGAAGAGCGCCGCGGGGAGGCAUAGGGCGAAAAGCAGACCGGCCGUGCAACCCACGAGCGACAGGACGCUGGAGAGGGAGGCCGUGAAGGCCAAAAUCGCAGCCGCGGGGGCCAGCAUGGCCGCGGUCACCAGCGCCCUGCGGGGCCCCCCGGGUAGCCACGGCACGGUGCGUACGAGGUCCCCCCACGGCGGUGCCCCCCCCCGGUCGGAUCUUGGACAUGUUGCUCAGAAGGCCGAGCGCCAAGCACGCCGCUGACAUGAGCACGAAGUCCUCCUGCCCGUUGGAGCGUACGCCAAAGCCACGAAUGGCGAAACCGCCGAGGCGGAGAAGGCGGCGGCAGCGCAGGCCCUGCCUCCGCACGAACUUGUCCUCCUCCAGGCGCGAUUUCGAUCCCACAGUGAUCCUCGACAAGAGCGUCACCACGGGCGCCGUCCUCUUGGGCAAGGGGACGGGCGGGGGCAGCGACGCCAACACCUUGAUCCCCUUCAUCUCCGUGCCAUUCCCGUGGCUCUUGCUGCCGUCGCUGAUUCGGUACUGCUCCGAGUCCUGCUUCAUGCGCUUGUUUUCCUUGUGCUUCCUGCUCUUCCCGACACGUUUCGGCUCCUUGGCCACCGCGGUGGCAGUGGGGACCUCGGGCACGAGCUGGAAACAGGUCGCCAGAAACAAAGCUUCGAACGCCUUCUCCACACAACGGCGCAGUACACAACCCCGAACUUCGAUCCCACGAUGUGGCGGAGCCGCCCAAGCCAACACAAAAUCUGCUGCGUCGGGGCGAUCGGGAGGGGCGUCGCAGCGAUCGAUGGCCGCGCAGCUCGAUCCGAAGCGGCGGCUUGA